GGCGGCGGGCGGGCGGCUGCUGCUGCCGCCGGCGUCUCGGGGGCUCCAGGCUGCGGGCGGACGCAGCGCCGAGCGAUCCACCGCGAAGCCGCGCGAGGCCGCCCCAGCCCGAGCCCGGCCGCGGCCCCAAGCGAGCGUCGCCGCCUCGCGCCCCGGGUCCCCGGCCGCGCCGCCACCGCCAGGCAGGCAGCCCGCGCCCAGCAAGUUGAGCGCGCGCCUCUCCGCCCGGGGAAACUUUCCCCCGCGGCCCCGGCGAGUUGGCGCGGGGUCCGGCCGCCGCUGCAAGAGUCUAUCCUGAAGCCACCGGCAGAAGGAGACCUCGAGGGAUCGUGGCACCUGGGGGCUGAGAGGGAAGGAGGCGCUGAGAGAGGUGCACCUCAAGCCUGCCGGAACCCGAGCUCUGAGCCCACCCACAGAGCCGCUCCGGAAGGUUUCUGGAAACGCGGGCACAACCCUUUCGAAGACUUCCCAGCGCCAUUACCCUGGACCAGUUGGGUGGAUAAGAGAAACACACGCCAGCCCCUCUGACCAGGAGCAUCUGUCCUGCUGACGCCCGAAGAACGGCCCAGGUGGAGCGCCAUGGAGGGCGACUGUCUGAGCUGCAUGAAGUACCUCAUGUUCGUUUUCAACUUCUUCAUAUUCCUGGGGGGCACCUGCCUGCUGGGCUUGGGCACCUGGGUCAUGGUGGACCCCGCCGGCUUCCGGGAGAUGGUGAUCGCCAGUCCCCUGCUCGUCACGGGGGCCUACGUCCUGCUGGCCAUGGGCGGCCUGCUCUUCCUCCUCGGCUUCCUGGGCUGCUGUGGGGCCGUCCGGGAGAACAAGUGUCUGCUGCUAUUCUUCUUCCUCUUCAUCCUGGUCAUCUUCCUGGCGGAGCUCUCGGCAGCCGUCCUGGCCUUCAUCUUCAGGGAAAAUCUCACCCGGGAGUUCUUCACCAAGGAGCUGAGCAAGCACUACCAGGGGAGCAACGACUCGGACGUCUUCUCCGCCACCUGGAACUCGGUCAUGGUCACGUUCGGGUGCUGUGGCGUCAACGGGCCUGAGGACUUCAAGUUCGCCUCAGUUUUUCGAAUGCUGACCCAAGACAGCCAGGAGGUGCCAGAGGCCUGCUGCCGGAGGGAACCCCAGACGCGGGACGGGGUCCUGCUGAACAGGGAGGAGUGCCUCUUGGGGAGGAGCCUGUUCAUCCACACGCAGGGCUGUUACACGGUGAUCCUCAACACCUUCGAAACCUACGUCUACCUGGCCGGGGCCCUGGCCAUCGGGAUGCUGGCCAUCGAGCUUUUCGUCAUGAUCUUCGCCAUGUGCCUCUUCCGGGGCAUCCAGUAGAGGGCGUGGCCUGAGGACUUGUCCCGCCCACCACCACGCCCAGCACCGAUGCCCCUCCUCUGCCCUCUUGGCCCCAGUGGCGGAGACGAGGCCCUCUGGACCUUGGACUGUCAGAAGGCCAGAAGCGCACAGCUAUUUUUCUUUAACAAAACAAGAUGAAGACAGAAACGUGGACUGAGGCGCCCUCGCCCGGACUCCAGGGCGGGCGCCAUAGGCUCCCUGCAGGGACCCCCGCGCCUGACCAGGAUGCAGGAACACCAGGCCCAGGCCUUCUCCGGACACGGGCAUCCCUGGGCCUGGGCCCUCUCUCCCCACAGCCUCAGGACCUAGUGCCAAGAAAGUGAGGAUUUAGGCCACAAGAAGGCAAAAGCGAAUUUCAGAGACACUGCCAAAGCCCAAGAGGCCAGAGGAGACUCAGUGGCCACGUCCGUGAGGGCUCAGAACCUAGACGCAGUCCCUGGACCGCCAGAGCAUGGAGCCAUCCCCACGCUGAGCAGGGGCCAAGGGUGGGCUUCUGGUAGAAGUGACCCUGCUGCCAGUCCCUCCUUUCCCCAUCUGUUGGACCAAAUCACCUGUAGGACCCAGAGAGGGUCAGUGGGCUGCCCAGUCACACAGCACAUGUGUGAUGAUUCUGAACAAGAACUGACUCGCCUGAGAGGCUGUCACUCCAUCCUGUUCACCAUCGGAUCUGCUGCUCACAGACCCUCUGGCCUGCACAUCCUGGUUUUCCAGGAAAGAUGGACAAGCUGCCCAGGAAAUGCCCCUCCCAGCCCUACAGCUAAGAAGUCUGUGUGCUGUCCCCUUCUCUAUCAAAGCCCCCUGCAAUGUACACGUGUCACCUCCCAUGGGGCACACAGCCCACCUCUCCCCGCAGGUUCCCCCUCCAUGUUCUUCUCUAACUCCCUGGCCCCCAGGGUGAAACCCCCAAGAUCAUCUGUUUCUCCCUGUCCCCACCCAGCAUGGAGGCUUGGAUGUUCUGUAAGACCGCUGCCAAGAAUUCCCCACCCUCCUCUUGCAUACCUCCAGGGACGGGGCGCUCACUACCUCCCCAGGCAGCCUUCUGCCUUUGGUCCACUCUGACUGCUGUCUUGGCUUCCACUUUUCUGUGCUUCUGUCUGUGCAUCCCUCUUGCUCCUUGCCCUUCGUGAGGGUCAAGGUCACACACUGACUCCCAGAAGCCUUCUUGUCUGCAGGCUAAAGAGCCCCAGGGCAUCUCAACCAUUUCUGCUGCAACAGUUUCCUGUCCACAUGACACUUCUGUGUCCCCUCCAGGUGGAGGCAGAGAUUUCCCCACAGACACAGAUUCACAACCCCACGACUGUACAGGCCUCACAUUCCUGAUCAAGAUUGGCAAAUGGUUUGCAAUCAGAAAUGGCUGCUGGAGGCUGUGCUGGGGGGCUGUAGUUUGGUCUGGGCUCAGCGGGACAGUGCCAUGGAAUCCUGAUUAGUGAUGCCUGCCAGACACCUUGGGUUUGAUUAGUGAUGUCUGUCAGGACACAGGGAUGGAAGGCAGGUGCUGCCUGCUUUUUCUCUCCCUCGCCCUCUUCAGUCCUGGGGCAAAGCUAGUUCUGUCUUGCAAGCCACUCGCCUCUGUGUCCACUUCCAGCCUCCUGGGAGAGACAGAGCCACAGCCCAGAGCCCAGAGCUCCCCUGCCCUGCCCCUGCCCCUUCUGAGAAGCUACCAGAAGUUCUGUGCCUGCUGUUCCCCGGGGCCAGACCCUCCUCCUCCUGCUGCUGUCCCCACCCAUCCUGGCCUUCCUCCCAGGUCUCUGAGCUUCAUCUUCCCAAACUGUCCAUGUGACAGUCUGUCCACGUGCUGCCACAAGCUCCCCAGAGGCUGAGUUCCUGGGCCUAGGGGCCUUGUGGCUGGCCUCCAGCCCAGCCUAGCCUGAGAAAAGCCAGGGCCUGCCUGCUCCGGACCCGCCUGUGCCCUGAGCUCCAGCUUCCCGGAAAGGCAGAUGGCUGGCCCGGGUUGACCAGAAGUCCCACGCCUCGGCAGGGCUGAACCGAGUCCAGGGGCACAGCCUUGGGCUCCAGCCCAGGGGCAUCCAGGCUUCUGGGGCGAGUGAGGAUCUGCAUGAAGGCAGACCUGGGGGGACAUCUGGCCCAGGGUGGAUCUGAGACUCACCCCCAAGGGCUUUCUGUAAAAGUGCCAAGGGGCCCUGUCAGCCCCGACCUGACUUCCCUGCCACCUGCACCUUGAGCUUGAAAGGGACACAGGGCUUCUGUCCCCGAGGCACCUGUCCAGGCUGGUAGCAAUCUACAAGGCCACCUGCGGUCACUGCAAGGCACCAGGGGCCCUGUAGGCGUGGCCCAGCUACCACGCGGGGCAGGAUGCCUGGCUCCUCCAGGACAGCCGGCACAAGACUGUCCCUGACGCAGUGACCCUGGAGAGGGGCUCAGCCCUCCCACGCCCCGUUAGUACCCAGCCUUGAUGGGGACCCCUCGGCUUCCCUGUCCCCCUGCUGCCCAAGCCAAGGGGCCCAGACCCGAUUGCACGAACCAGCCGAGGUCCUGGCAGCCCCUCUCCCAGGAGCCCCGCCCUUCCCUGUGGGCCGGAUGUUGAGUCUGUUCUGAGACCCGCGAAGUCCCCUGCAGUGGCGGCAGGGCUGAUUUAUCCCGUUUCUCUCACGAGCCCCUUUUAUAUUACACACCACGAGGACUUUUUGUAAUAGAAAACAGGACACCCGCACAGAUGGGUUUGCACUGGUUUUUGUGACUGUUUCUUACAAAAAGAAAAAGGAACAAAGAAUAAAUAGUGACCGUGAAGAAUGGAGGUCGGACUCGGGAGGGGCCUGGGCGGGGCGGAGCCAGAGCGGCAGGUUCCCCCGGCAGAGGCGGCCGGGGCCCCAGCUCCAAGGCGGAGGGUCCCACCUGGCUUUCCCCGUUAGAUCCGGGGCCCUGCGUCCCUCUGCCCUGUCACUGCUUCCUUCCCAACCCCGAUCAUCCCUGUCUUGCCGUCCCCCGUGUCCCCAAGCCACAGGACCUCACGUGCGCUCUGCCCGCGCCUCUCCCCAGACCUGGCCGCGGAGUUUGACUGAAGCACUGCUCCGCGCCCGCGCCCGCCCAGUGCCCGCCACCACCGGGAGAAGCCCCGCCGCCCUCCGCACCCCACAGUGCUGGACGGGCCCCUGCCACGCAGAUGCCACCACAGCCUGACCCCAGGGAGUGCGUCCACCUCCCCUCAAGAACUGGACCUGUGUCCAGCAGCUAGGGGGAGGACAGGCCAGUGGUCACCACUAAGGACCAGCCGGGCCUCCAAAGGCCCACAGACAGGGCUGAGCUCCGGAUGCAGCUGGGCAGCUUCCUGGGGAGGUGGCAGGAGACAUGGCCCCACCUGCCUGGGGCUCCAGGCUCGCGGCAGGAGGUGGGGCUCUGGGGAGAUGUCCGGCUUCAAGGGCAGGAGUUGACCAGGAAAGGAGCCCCUCCUCAGAGGCCCCUCCCACGCCACUGGGCCACGGUGACCAGCAGCACAGCCCAGGCGCCCAAGGCCCCUCUGCUCAGCUCCACCAUGCAGCCCCCUCUGCUGGGCACAGGCCACUGGGCAUGUGGCUGUGGGGACAGCUAGGGACAGCUAGGCACAGGGUGGGCAGGGGAAGGCCCCCAGGCAGAGGGGCAGCCAGGCUGACCACCCACAGACGGCCUCACCUACCGCCAACCCUGCUGUCCCCAGAAGGGAGGCCAAGUGGCCCCCACACCUGUCCCCAGGACACUGCUGCAUUC